AUUUGAAUGUUGAAAUUGAAAGAAAAUUUUCAGAGUUGAAGAAUGGUCUGUGUGCCUUGCAUAGUUAUACCAGUCCUGCUUUGGAUUUGGCACAGAUUUCUUCAACCGAUUGUUCUGAAGUUUUACAACCCUUGGGCCAAGGUUGAAACUACCCCUGUUCCUACGGAUUCUGAUACUAAAUCUGAAGCUAAGUGCCCAUUUGCUAAAACAAAGGAAGUUACAGCCGAUUCUCCUCACGCCACUACUGCCACAGGAGACAAGAAAACUGAUUAAACAAAUCUUUUCUGUUUAAACAUUCGUGAUUUUAGUUUGAUUGAUUGAUUCGCACAUUGACUAUCAGGACUACUGCAUCAAUUACAUUUGUGAUUUAGACAUUGUGUGUGUGU